AUGGUCGGAAUUGGGGUCAAAGCUGCUGGAACAGAAAACGAUUGUCCACUCGGUUUUGUCAUUCUCAAUGAAGCGCUUGGCCUUCCUGAAGUCCAGGGGUUUAUGUCACCCAUGAGCAUAUGGAUAACUAACAGCUCAGGCUGGGAGCACGCACGGGCGACCACUCAGAUUCCACAAACCUCGAUUAUGAUUGCCGGAUUAUUUUGCCGAAAAUUCAAGAUGUCAAUCCUCCCUGUACAGUAA